AUGGACAGUACUCCUAAGACGCAUUCGCCAUGUCGGCCUAUUCACGAGAGUUUAACAAGUUUUAUUGUUGCAUCUCCCGUUCAACUCGGCCUGUUCAUGCACCCGAUAAGGGCCCUCUCUAACUUCCUCUUGGCAGCCACACCUAUCAUCGGACGUAGCGGAGAUCUUCUUUCGAAAUACCGCCUUUUCCUCUUCGGUUUGAGAGACAAGACAGUCCAGUUUAAUUUUGGUCUUCGGCUAGACGAAAAGUCGAUCCGCAGCUGCGUAGGCUUUGACGGUUGGCAUAUGCGGCUUAAAAUUCUUCAAUCCUCACAUGGCCCUUCCUUCUUGGUACGGCCGAUUUCUCUUACAUUUCUCAUCAAUGCGUUGGGCGGAUACAAGGUUUCCAAUUUCUAUUGGAACUAG